GCCCCGCCUCCUCCCCUCAGCCGUCGCCGGGGGCGCGAGGGGCCGCGCGCGCGCAGUACCCGGCAUGCAGCGGGCGGGCGGCUCGCACCAAGAUGGCGGCGCCGCUGGACGAGUAUGAGAAAGAAGCGGGCUGCGUCCCCAUCCUGCAUCCCGAGGAAAUAAAGCCUCAAAGCCAUUACAACCAUGGAUAUAGUGAAUCUCUUGGACGGAAAAGCCACAUUGACGAUUAUAGCACUUGGGACAUUGUCAAAGCCACACAGUAUGGAAUAUAUGAACGAUGUAGAGAGUUGGUGGAAGCAGGUUAUGAUGUACGACAACCAGACAAAGAAAACGUAACACUUCUCCACUGGGCUGCAAUCAACAACAGGAUAGAUCUGGUGAAAUACUACAUAUCUAAAGGUGCAAUCGUUGAUCAGCUUGGAGGGGAUUUAAAUUCUACCCCACUUCACUGGGCAACAAGACAGGGUCACUUAUCCAUGGUUGUACAGCUGAUGAAAUAUGGGGCAGAUCCGUCGCUAAUAGAUGGAGAAGGAUGUAGCUGUAUUCAUUUGGCUGCCCAGUUUGGACAUACUUCAAUUGUUGCUUACCUGAUAGCAAAGGGACAGGAUGUAGAUAUGAUGGAUCAAAACGGAAUGACACCUCUAAUGUGGGCAGCUUACAGAACACACAGUGUGGAUCCAACCCGAUUACUACUUACGUUUAAUGUUUCUGUUAAUCUUGGAGACAAGUAUCACAAAAACACAGCAUUGCACUGGGCUGUGCUAGCAGGAAAUACUACAGUAAUUAGUCUUCUGUUAGAAGCUGGAGCUAAUGUUGAUGCUCAGAAUAUAAAGGGAGAAUCACCACUUGAUCUAGCAAAACAGAGGAAAAACGUUUGGAUGAUCAAUCACCUACAGGAAGCAAGACAGGCUAAGGGAUAUGACAGUCCAUCCUUUCUGAGAAAACUAAAAGCUGAUAAGGAAUUCCGUCAGAAGGUGAUGCUGGGAACUCCUUUCCUAGUUAUUUGGCUCGUUGGGUUCAUAGCAGACCUAGACAUUGAUUCUUGGCUCAUUAAAGGGCUGAUGUAUGGUGGUGUUUGGGCUAUGGUGCAGUUUCUUUCAAAGUCAUUCUUUGAUCACUCCAUGCACAGUGCAUUGCCUCUCGGAAUAUACUUGGCAACAAAAUUCUGGAUGUAUGUGACAUGGUUCUUCUGGUUUUGGAAUGAUCUCAAUUUUUUCUUUAUCCAUCUUCCAUUCCUUGCUAAUAGCGUUGCACUUUUCUACAAUUUUGGAAAAUCCUGGAAAUCUGAUCCAGGAAUCAUCAAAGCCACAGAAGAACAAAAGAAAAAGACAAUAGUAGAACUUGCAGAGACAGGAAGUCUGGACCUUAGUAUAUUCUGCAGUACAUGCUUGAUACGGAAACCAGUGAGGUCUAAACAUUGUGGUGUAUGCAAUCGAUGUAUAGCAAAGUUUGAUCACCACUGCCCGUGGGUGGGUAAUUGUGUAGGAGCGGGGAAUCAUCGCUAUUUUAUGGGAUACUUGUUCUUCCUGCUAUUCAUGAUCUGCUGGAUGAUUUAUGGAUGUAUCUCUUACUGGGGUUUCCACUGUGAGACAAGUUAUGCAAAGGAUGGAUUUUGGACCUAUAUUACACAAAUUGCUACCUGUUCUCCUUGGAUGUUUUGGAUGUUUCUAAACAGUGUUUUUCACUUCAUGUGGGUGGCUGUGUUACUCAUGUGUCAGAUGUAUCAGAUAUCUUGCUUAGGAAUCACUACAAAUGAAAGAAUGAAUGCGAGACGAUACAAGCACUUUAAAGUUACAACCACAUCUAUUGAAAGCCCAUUCAACCACGGUUGUAUAAGGAACGUUAUAGACUUCUUUGAAUUCAGAUGCUGUGGUCUUUUUCGGCCUGUUAUCGUGGACUGGACAAGGCAGUAUACAAUUGAAUAUGACCAAACAUCAGGAUCAGGCUACCAGCUGGUGUAGCACCACCUUCAUCCUGUGAGCAUAUCAUAACUGAGUGGUGCCUGAAAAUUUUUUUCUCUCUCUCGAAACCACAUCCCUUGAAGAGUAGCAUGCUAUGUGUAGGGCUGGUGAGGAAUCUUAAGGUACCUUCUCUUCAUCAGAAUUUUAUUGACAAAAGUAAAAACGGACAGAAUUAACUGCCAAACCUGAUAAGGAAGAGGAGGAAGAUCAAAAAGGGAUUUUAACAGUUCUUUACAUGAGAAUUAUUCGCAACAGCAUAUUCACAAUAUUUGUUGCCGUUUCUUUUUUUAUUUAAGAUCUUUCACAAUGGAGCAUGACAUUAUUGAAGUAUUGACAUAAGUAGUUACGUUGUGCUGAGCAGAAAAAUUCAUUUCCCGAUACAAAUAAUUCCACUGAAACGAGAAUCUAGAAUAUAAAGCUAAAUUUCAUGAUGCAAAGUUCACUGAUUGCUUUGGUGUAGUUCCUGUAAUGUGAUUUUUUUUAUUACAGAUUUUCUGUAGUAUUAUGUACAUUGAAAAAUGUGCUUUUCAAUACUGUGAUAAACAUCACGUGGUGGGGAUCCCCUGUAACGUUCAGUUAUAGCAGUAGGGCACAUCAGGUAAUGUUAAGCAAAAAACACCUUGCCCACGUUUUUUGGUGAUUGUUGCUGUCACCAUUUACUGGUACAACUAAAUACUUGCAGAAGCCCUGUUCUGAGAUUGUAUAGUCUGAAAUAAAAGAUUGCACAAAUAAGGAAAGCUCUUCUGUCGAAGUGGAAGCCGUGCUUAAAUGCAUGAUGCACCUGCAGAAGUAGGUUACAGUAUAUAAUAUUCAGGAAAAAAAGUGGAAAUGAUUAUCUCUGAAGUAAAUGUAUAAACAUUUUACAAACUAGCAAUGCUUCAGUACUAGCUUUGGUCCCCGGAUGGCACAAUGUAGUGUGGUUGCAGAUGUUUUCCAAGAGAAGUUGCGUGGGGGAAACCAAGGGUGUGAUAACAAAAGUUUCAAUUAUAAAAAUACAAAGUAAAAUAGUUUUCAGUCAGCUGCAAAUGCAGAAGAAGCCGUAGUCAUCUGAAAUGCUUAUUGUACAUGGGCGUAAAGUAAUGAAAACCAAACUUUAAAAAGAGAAAAAAAUAACACAGAAAAACAUAUCUUCAAAAUAGCACACGCACAUAGAAAAUGUAAUGCAGCAUUCUGAGGAAGAUGGUGUCUUGGCAAGUGGGAAUCACCCUUAAUGUUUUUAAGUUCUCAUGCUACAGAAAAGUUUGGAAGGUGAGGAAUCAACUGAGAUGGCAUUCCAAGGGGGCUUUUCUUGAAUGUGAUGCACUGAUUUUUGUUAUGGUGUUUUCAUAUACUCAUAGUGAAUUGUUCACUGCUUCCUUAACUAUUGUUUACAGAGAGACUGAGAAUCAGGUUAGUUCUUUUCUAAGUGCUGUAGCAACCUAGUGGUUCGAGAAUCCUGUGAGGGGAGUCUGGGGAGGGGACCUGAAAGCCGAUGUCUGAGACCAGUGUAAAGAAUGUGUAUCUGUACAUAAAUAAUUUAUCAAAUAGUUUUCUCUCUGUGAGUGUGUGUUUAGUAUAUUUAAAGCUGCUCAUUUUCAUUUUAUUCAACCAAAAAGUAUAGGAAGAUAUCUAAUGAGCUUUUAGUGAUGUUAAAUAUUGCUGUUAAUAGGCGUUACGCCCUGCAAAUUCACUGCAUGUUUGAUGCUUGGCAAAAUUAGCGUUUUCUGUAAUACGCAGAUUACAGGUAAUAAAGCAAUCUAGUGGUAUUCCCGCCCCUUGCCUUAGUAAGAGGAGCAGUGAAACUGUAAAUAGUUGAUGUUCAGUAUUUGCAAGUAAACAUUUUUUUUCUGUAGUUGUUUGUGGAUCUCGAGACACACGCUUAGUUUGCAAGUACCAGAUAUCAGGAUUUACAGAAGUGCAACAUUGAAGUACUUGAAUGUUUAAUACUGGAAAAACCAACGUCAUCUUGGACACAGUUUUGAUGGAGAGGUUUGGGUAUAGGGGAGGCAAGAAGCCUUUGCUGUUUUUGUCAGACAAAAUUGUAAUCCCAAUUCCAUUUCAGUGAAAACAGUUGCUAUCAGUUACUCAUCUUUUUUUUUUUUUGUAAUCUCAAAACAAAGCAUGAAGACUUUGCAAUGUCAUUUAUUUUAUUUAUCAGUAAUGUCUUGUGUAUCCGUUCACUUCUCACAUUUCUGUUGGGGGUUGGUUGACUUGAAGAACUGAAGUCCGCUUUAUUAAAUGUCCCCUAGCACCAGAAGAGCGGUUCAGCACGUGACACAGGUUUUGGUUUUCGUUGCCCAGUAGCAUUAACUGCCAUGGAUUGUCCUGCAGUCCCUUUAAAAAAAGUUUGCAAAAAAGGUGAUCUUUGGUAACACGUGGUGAAUUCUGCACUAUUCACUUGGUAAGAACUCUCUGGCCACGGUUUUGUGAAGGCCUGUAGAAUUGGAGCAAUAUUGAUGGUUAUUAAAAUUAACUUGUGUGUGGAUUUGGGAUGUGAAGUUUCCAGUGCAGAAUGUGACUUGUCUUGAGUAACAGUGAAUUUUUGGAUCAGAAGUCAUAAAAUGGCGCAGCGGGGGGAGCCAACUAUGCAGCAUUUUUCUGUCAAGUUAUCAAACUUGCAAUUCAUUUGUUGAACCAAAACUGCAUUGCUUCUGAAACUUGAUGAAGCUCAUCCAGACCAACACGUGAUCAGACCAGCUUGAUCUGAUCCAGGUAGAAUAAAUGGAAAUAUUGUCUUGGCCCUAAACAUGUGCUGUUCCUUUGCAGGUUUCUGUAUUCUUUGAUGUCCACCAGAUUUUUUUUUUUUUUAAAUUAAUGUGUAAAACAGCAUCACUACAUUUUAAGCUAUGGAUUUUUUUGUAUAUUCUUUAUUUAUAACUGUGCCAAGUAUUAUUUUAAUACUGUCAAGAUCUUGAUGUAUUACAUUGUGAACAAUAAAAUCUGUAAAAUGUUUAAUAAAUUAGCUCUCCUUACAUAAAUUAAAUCUGUUAAAUUUUGUAAGUUAUUAAUCAAAUAAAUAUUGACUCUUA